CAAGGUGUUCUCUGUACAGCUGAAGAUGGCGACAGAUUGAGGGGGGAUGGAAAACAGGAGACACCGAUCCAGGAUGAUCAGGAACGGGAAAAACGUUGCCCACCAAAAAAGAAAGAGGAAAGCGGAGUGACUGUGCGUGCAGCGGGGAGCAGAGGCGGGCAGGAGAGCGGAGAGGAGGCGAGGCGCCCCGGCGGGGUGAGGAUGAGGAGGGCCAGGCGCUGACUGUGGGGAGGCGGAGUAUGCUUCUGCCUGGCUCCGCUCGGGGCUGAGCGGCUCGCUGUAGGGACCGGCGUCGGCGAACAGCAGCCUGGACGUGUUGAGGACCGUGGCGCUGAUUUUUCCUCCCGCAGCAACAUGCAAUGGCUGGGGGUAGCAUUUAGCCGCCCAGGAGGAGGUGGUGGAGGAGGGGAAGGCACUUCCUUGUUUCUAGCCAUGAGAAUGAUGCCCAUCAUCACACCAUGCUUCAGAGGAGGUAGGUGACAUUGUUGGGGGGAGUCUAUAAGAGGAGAGGAGCAAAGAGAACCACACCGGAGACCGCAGUAGCCCCCCCACUCAGCCCCUAAAAUAUGAUCAGGGGGGCUUGGAUGUAUCCAAGAGAAGAUGACGCUGUGUUAAAAAUUUGUUGUGCACCAAGACAAAACGACAAACCCUGCGCUGAUUCCGAGAGGGCACAGAAAUGGCGAAUGUCUCUGGCAUCCCUUCUAUUUUUCACUGUCCUCCUCUCUGAUCAUCUGUGGCUCUGUGCUGGAGCCAAGCUCAGAUCCAAGGAUAGGAGCUUAGCCAUGCAGACGCCUUGGGGGGACGCAAGCCAGCGCGCCUUCCAGCCACAUUUCCUACUGACAGGGGAUCAACAGUCACAGGAGGGGAGGUGUGAGAUUUUUUUAAGCAAUUUGACCAAAUUUGCUGCUCCGAUCCCAUAUUGCACUGGUGCCCGGGGUCAUUUCGAUCUGGACUCAGCUUGCACCAAAUUGUAUUCCUUGCAGCGACUCUUGGGCUCUUUCCCUUCUGUACCCUUAAGGCCACCCCCCUCCUCCUCCUCCUCCUCUUCUUCAUCAGCCUCUUUUUUUUCCUCUUCCUCCUCCAAAAUAAACUUCUUAAAGGCUUAUUUUAGGAACUUCAACCUCUCUUUUUGUGAUACUUACACGAUCUGGGACCUGCUGCUGGGCAUGGCCGGCCCAGACAGCUUGGAUUGCAGUUUGGACAACCUGAUGGUGGAUUUCGUGGCUGCUGCAGCCGGUGCUCUGGACGGAAAGGCGUGUAGCAGCUGCGUCCAGGCUUAUCAGAGGCUGGACCAACACGCUCAGGAAAAAUAUGAGGAGUUUGACCUCUUGCUGGAGAAAUACUUGCAAUCAGAAGAGUAUUCAGUUAGAUCCUGCAUAAGAGACUGCAAGGCUGUCUACAAGGCCUGGCUGUGCUCCGAGUAUUUCAAUGUGACACAACAACAGUGCCGACACCGGAUUCCAUGCAAGCAAUACUGUCUGGAGGUGCAGACCAGGUGCCCCUUUGUGUUACCUGACAAUGACGAGCUGAUCUAUGGAGGGUUACCUGGUUUCAUCUGUACGGGGUUGCUAGAGAACCAAUUAUCCAAUGAGGAAGCAAAGUGCUGCGAUGUGCAAUGGGACUCUUGUGACCACCCACCAGACAGCAACUACAAUGCGUCCCCCAAAUCCACAGAGUCGGAGUCAUUCCAUUACCACCGUCAUGACCCCCACCUUCAUCACCACCAGCAGCAUCACUAUCACCUCUACCACCACCACCAGUACCACCAACCCCACCCACCAUCUUUGCUGCCUGUCUCCGCAGGGUCUCGCCUCAGCAACAGCAAAAUCAGACUGUGCGUCCUGGUCCUUAUGCUUCUCCACACCAUGGUGUCCUUCUCAAGCGUGCACAGCAGUGAGGGGACUGCCAGCAGGGGCCUGAGCUUGGAGGCCCUACCUGCUAUGGAUGAGAGCAUAACAAGAGAUGAGUGACCCAGAGGGGGAAGGAAACGUCCAAGCAGAAUGCCGGCUCUUUUCCUGCCAAGGGGGGCACACGCUAUUCCUCCAAUGGGAGGCACAGGAUUGGGGGUGAUGCGCACACACACACCCCUACCUACACCCCAAGAGCUGCUCGCCACGGGGCAUCCCCGUGAUGAAGAGUCUUUAAUGCGCACAGGGCUGCAGGACUCAGCUUUGAGAAGGGUUCAGUUAUCAACAGCCUUUCAGCUGUGUGCAUCCUGCCUGGUAGAGGCUCUGGGAGCUAGCGCAAAGAGGUAUAGAAAAAGGGAGGGGGGCUGGGAUGGGAGAGGGUCCCUUUGAAACAGUUCUCCCCAUGGAAAUGCCACUGCUCUCCCUGCCACCUAUGAGGUAUCUCAUGUGGUGCCCCUAUUUUUUCUACCAACUGGAUAAUUCAGUGCAAUGGGUUCAAGAAACUGGUUUAUCCAUUAUUCCUUUUUUCCCCUCAGUCUUUAAACUUCACCCAUGUAUAUCGCCAAAGCUGCUAGGUGGCAUAUACAGCAACUCAAACACCCCGAGCUAACUUCUCAGCAAACCUCUCCCUGCUGAGGGACAGUCUUGGGUCCUUAGUGUGACCUGGUGACCCCUCAGUCUGGGUAGCCCUGGUGUUAGGCUCACUCUCUUGCCAACAGACAAGAUCCAUUUCUAAGGCUAAGUUGUUGGGGUGGAAGAUGUAUUACCUGGCAUUGUGUGUGCCAUUUGGGGUUGUGUUUCUUACCUCAGUCAGCCCUUCCUUAUCUGUGCCACUCUUGUCCUUCGAUACACUGAACAUAAAGAACAUCCCCUGUGGGUGUUGGCAGUGAGUAGAGAGAUGGCUGUAGUACAGGAUGGAACAGGAAAUUAUAUUCCCAGAGUUCUUAACACUUCACUCUUCAAUGUGUCCUCAGAAUUUCCUUAAACUCCUGUACUUUGUUUUCUCCAACAGCAUGUUUGAGUUUGGAGAGGGCAGCACUUAGGGCAACAAGAAUCUGCAGGGGCAGAGCUGACUGCACUAGUUUGCAGUGGGGCCAAGGAUGGUAACAAAUGGAUAAAAAGCCCCAAAUUGCACCCUUUAAAGUUGCCACGUUACAAACUCUUACAGCAUGUGGGAAGAGGACUGGAGAAAUCCAGCCCAUAGGGAAAUAGUUUCCCAAAUAAAAUGCCACCAGCUAACAAAGCACAGGUGUGGAAGAGAGGUUUCAUGUGCACUAUGUCCAUUACUGAUCAUACAGCUCCUGGAAGUCCUGCUGGAACAGCCACACUUAGCCUGGCAAGACAUUGAUUGGCAACGCUUAGAUUGUCCAAACACAGUCAUACACUGGAAUUCAGCCCCAUCCAGACAUAGGAUCCCACCUCUAACUCUGACAUUUCAAAUUCUCCAUCCCAAGGACUGAGAUUUAUACUCGUAGGCAAUGUUGCAAUUUGAGGUAUGUAGCACUCUUUUCUCCCCCCCCCCCCCCCCAUGUCCCUUUAUAGCUGAUAUUUCCUCCUGCAGAGCCCACAUUCAGGGUGAUUUCUCUCAUACUCACAGUGAUGUUACUGUACUGGGCUGAUGAGAUCACUAGGAGGAGCAAAUGACAUUUUAGGAAGGAAUGCUUGGGGGCCUGGCUGGAAACAAAGACAAAAGAAUCAGGAAUGAGAGAAGAGUUGAGGAUCAAAUAUUAGUGAGGACAAAUUUCACUUUGGAGGGGUAAGGCAAGAUGAACUUGUUGCCCAACAUCAGUAUGAAGUGAAGCACAAGGAGACAGAAAAGCAUGUUGUGUACAGUUAGAUGCUCUCCCUCUCUCCAGGUCACAGUGUCCGGGAGCAUUUAUUAUUCAUCUUGAAUGGCUCAUUUAGGGAAAAAUUAAGAUUUAGAUCCCACCACCUGAGACAGCAUGUUCAGUGGCCGAGUGGUUGUAACUAGGGGUCAGGCAAACCAACUGAAAUCAGAAUUAGACUGGUUAUUCUGUCAAAUCUCAAACCAAACCCAGACCUGUCUGAAGGGCAAAGAAAUUUCUUUAAGUUCAGGAUUUAUAAUACUUUUGUAUUUCCUGGCUUCUGUUGAAUUGAAGCAGAAAUAACCAAAACACCAUGAGAAAAGCUACUUCCUGCCUGGCUGGAAGAAGGAAGUACCAGAAAUCUCAUGGGAAAGCUGGGACAUUUCCAGCCCAUUUCCAGACCAAAGAGGAUCGGAAAAGCAGCUGAAUGUUUGGAUUCUUAUUUGACUUGAACCUCAGAAUUUUUGGAUGAUGUUUACAUGUUGUUAUUUCCCAUGCACUACCAAAGUCACGAACGCAUAAAGCCUGUGAACACCAUUCUCAUAGCGCCAAACCGACCCAUUGGCUAUCAGGCUAACACUGUGUAAUAAUGUUAAUACAACUAGUUUCCAGAGCAGAUCCUGGGGACACUUCUUAAGACAAAUCCUGUUGCUGUUUGCACCCACUGUGGCUAGGACAGACCUUGUGUGAACAUUCACAACAGCUACCAUGUAUUUGCAGUUUGGUUCACUCUGAUCUAAGAACAGGUAUGUGCAACAGUUUAGCAAACAUGAAUCAGACUUUUUUGAUCUUGGGAGUUUUUUGCCUUGAAACCAGCCUUUAAAACCAGCCUUUGUGAUAGCUAUGAUGACUUGACCAGAUGACGAGGCCAAAGGAACAUGCACAAGCAUGUUUCUGUAUCAAGACAACAGACUCUGACUCAUUUUUUAAGGAAACUAAACUUCACUAGUAUUGUUAAGGUUUGAGUGGUCACCUAAUUCGAAGUGUCUACUUCAGAGAUAGGAUGAGUACAGUCUUUAAACCAGGGGUGGGCAAACUUAUUGGCCCAAGGGCCAUAUUUGGGAAUAGAAAUUGUAUGGUGGGCCAUGAAAGCUCACAUAAUUGGGAGGUGGUGAGGGCUCUGGUUAGGGGUGCAGGCUCUGAGGUGAGGCUGGGGAUGAGGGGUUUGGGGUGCAGGAGGGUGCUCUGGACUGGG